CUUAAACGGGGAAACCCUUGAACCAUUAUCAAACUGUACUCUCAUUCGUUUCCGCGCCGCGUGCUCUCUCUCUCAGAUUGAUCCCUCCCCCAAAGUUAAUUUCAGUAGCAAUCAUGGCUGACGAAAACAAUGAGAUGAAGGAGGUCAAGGACGAGCAAGAACUCGCACCCUUUGAUCCAACCAAGAAGAAGAAGAAGAAGAAAGUUGUCAUUCAAGAUCCCAUCGAGGAACCAACUGAGGCACAAGCGGAGACAUCUGAUUCAUUGUCUGCUAAUGAUGGCCUUGAUGGCCCUUCUUUUGGAACCAAGAAGAAAAAGAAGAAGAAGCCUGUUGAAUCAAGCUUAUUGAAUGAAGAAAGUGUUGAUGCUCCAGAAGAUUUGGAAGAGAAUGCUAAUGACGAGGAAGAUGCAGAGGGAAUAGAUUUGCAGCAGCAGCAGCAACGUUACCCCUGGGAGGGAAGCGACAGGGAUUACAUAUAUGAUGAGCUUCUUGGUAGAGUCUUUAACAUUCUCCGUGAGAACAAUCCGGAGCUUGCUGGAGAUAGGCGUCGUACAGUUAUGAGGCCUCCUCAAGUUCUUCGUGAAGGGACAAAGAAGACAGUGUUUGUCAACUUUAUGGACCUUUGCAAGACGAUGCAUCGUCAGCCGGAUCACGUGAUGAAUUUCUUGCUUGCUGAGCUGGGAACCAGUGGUUCUCUUGAUGGGCAGCAAAGAUUGGUUGUCAAGGGAAGAUUUGCACCCAAGAAUUUUGAAGGGAUAUUGCGUCGUUAUGUCACUGAGUACGUCAUUUGCCUUGGUUGCAAGAGUCCGGACACAAUUCUCUCAAAAGAGAAUCGUCUCUUCUUUCUCAGAUGCGAAAAGUGUGGAUCUGGAAGAUCUGUGGCGCAGAUCAAAGCUGGUUUUGUUGCUCGUGUUGGUCGCAGGAAGACUUGAGAAAUUGGUCGGUGAAGUGAGUGGUCUUUUUGUUUUGGGAAACUAAAGAGCUUUUGUUGUGGAGUUGAAAUACUUGUGUUGUUUUUGUUUCUGUGUUGUUUUUGUUUCUGAAUAUGAUUCAUAAUCUCCAGAAUUAACUUCACAUCAUAUAUGGAAUAUGAAUAAAACCUUCUACUUCGUUAGAUU